UAUAAAAAUAUUUUCAAUAAAUAACUGAUUAAUGUAACUAGCAAGUGACUAUUGAUUGUAGGGUUGGGUUCGAGCUCCGGUGAGGAAGUGAGGAAUGGCCAGUAGACCUGUUUCGUCUCUGCAGAGCUUGAACACUUGGGACUCUAUUUCGUACCUGUCUCAGCGAGAAGCAGCCGAGAUCGAUGACAUCCUCAUGGGUCCUCUUGGCUUCAGUGUCGAUCAGUUAAUGGAAUUGGCCGGUUUGAGUGUUGCUACUGCGAUUGCGGAGGUCUACAGAUCAACUGAGUAUAAUCGUGUUCUUGCUAUUUGUGGUCCUGGGAACAAUGGUGGUGAUGGUCUUGUAGCUGCUCGUCAUCUGCAUCACUUUGGAUAUAACCUAUCUGUUUGUUAUCCAAAGCGUACUCCUAAACCUCUUUAUGAUGGUCUAGUGACUCAGCUGGAAUCACUGUGUGUUCCUUUCCUCUCGGUUGAAGAUCUGUCCAUGGACCUAUCAAAUGACUUUGAUAUUCUAGUAGAUGCAAUGUUUGGAUUUUCAUUUCGCGGUACCCCAAGGCCUCCUUUUGAUGUUCUGAUCCAAAGGCUGAUAUCUAUUCAAAAUCAUCAUCGAAUGCAUCAGGAAUCACCUGUUGUUGUCUCCAUAGAUAUUCCAUCUGGGUGGCAUGUUGAAGAAGGAGAUAUCAGCGGAGAAGGCAUUAAACCUGACAUGCUGGUUUCUUUAACAGCUCCAAAGUUGUGUGCCAAGAGAUUUUGUGGUCCACACCACUUUCUAGGUGGUAGAUUUGUUCCACCAUCUAUUGUAGAUAAAUAUAAACUUCAACUUCCACCAUAUCCUGGCACUUCUAUGUGUGUCCGAAUUGGAAAGCCUUCACAAAUUGACAUAUCAGCUCUGAGAGAGAACUACAUUUCUCCCGAGUUUCUUGAGGAUCAGGUGGAGGAUGACCCCUUUAAUCAGUUCAAGAAAUGGUUUGCUGAUGCAGUGGCUGCAAGCUUGAAGGAACCAAAUGCUCUUAGUUCUACUUAUUCGGAUAAAGAUAAAAUUAUUUCGUCACGUAUGGUAUUGCUAAAAGGAGUUGAUAAAGAUGGUUUUGUCUGGUACACCAACUAUGAAAGCCAAAAGGCUCUUGAAAUAUCUGAAAAUCCUAAUGCGUCACUGCUAUUUUACUGGGAUGGUCUACAUCGCCAGGCAAGAGUGGAAGGAUUUGUGGAGAAAGUGUCUGAUGAGGAAUCUGAGCAGUACUUCCACAGCCAUCUUCGAGGAAGUCAAAUUGGAGCAAUAGUUAGCAAGCAGAGCACUGUAAUUCCUGGACGGCAUAGUCUCUGCCAAGAAUACAAUGACUUAGAGGCAAAAUUCUCUGACGGAAGUCCAAUUCCCAAACCCAAGCAAUGGGGAGGAUACAGGCUUAAACCGGAGAUUUUUGAAUUUUGGCAAGGACAACAAUCACGCCUGCACGAUAGGAUACGAUAUACUCCUGAAGUGGUUGAUGGAAAAAGAUUAUGGAAAAUUGAUCGGUUGGCCCCCUGACUAGUAUUGUCAGCAUCUUCAUUAUGAAGUUCGUUGCUGGAAAUGAAGAUGAAGUACCCGUCAAGUGAUGACAUUGAUAAAAAGGAAUCCUUUUUGGUGUUCGAUGACAUGUCUUUCGAAGUUUUGUUGAGUUUGGCUAUAAUGAUUGUAAUUAAAUGUUGACUUGUGUGUUAAUGCAGUAAAAGAUAUAUUUUGGAAGUCCUCCUGGACUUAAUUGUUGUAUAUGUUUCUUUCCUGUUGGGCUGUUUUGUUUUGCCUGGGAUGUAAUGAGAUGACUUUGUAAAUUUUGGGAAAUAGUUCAAUGGAAAAGAGAUGAAAGGAAUGUUGUUUCUUGUUA